CCCGCUCAGAAGUACCCGGAGCUGUUGUCCUGACUGAGCAGCUGCCUGGCACCUGACCCUCUGCAGUCUGGACCAGAGACCCUCGGAGAGGAAAGUGUCUGACUGUACCAACAUGGCAGCCACAAGGCCACAGGACAGCCAGAAGUGGAGAGACCAGGAGGCUGAUGAUGCCUUGCAAAGGGACAAGGACACACUGGACGAUGACGAGUUCACUGCUGAGUUUGCUGCUGAGUUUGCUGAUGAGAUGAAGUUUUUGAAAGAGUUUCCCAGGUGGAAACAAGCUGAAGAAGAUAAAAUUAAGACACUCCAUGCCAUUGCCAAUGACCUUGAAGCCACCCACAAAACAGUCAACAAGAUCGGCGUGGUGGCCAACUCCGUCGGUGUCGUCUCUGGGGCCAUGACUAUCCUGGGAUUUGUCCUUGCUCCGGUAACAGCAGGUGGAAGCCUGGUGCUCUCAGCAGCUAGCCAGGGGCUGGGCGCAGUGGCAGGAGUCACCAACAUCGCGACUAGCAUGCAGGAACAUUUUAAGAAUAAACGAGCCCAUGCUUUGGCCAGCAGCCUGCUGCCCACUAGUGACUUGGAGGCCCCAGAAUUCUCCUACCUGGCGAGAGCUGGUGAGAUUGCUAGUAAGUGUGGAAAUGCUGCCCUGGCUAUGAAGAAGGAAAUCCGGGCUUUUCAGAGGGUCAAAAAUACAACGCUGGUGUUGUCCGGAAAGGCUCUCAUGGGAAGGGCCAUGGUCAUCGUUAACCUUUGUUGUGAUGCGCAUUCACUCUGGAAGAACAGGAAAGAGCUGAAGGGUGAGGGAGAUGGGGCAGAGCUGGCGAAAGAGCUGAGGACCCUGGCUUCGAGGCUGGAAAGGAGGCUGAUGAAUUUCAGCCAGCGCCACCAGAGGUUACAGCAGGUGAGGCCAGAGUGA